AUGGCUUUCACGUCAUUCUUCCAACGCCCUUCACUGGUCUAUGGCUCUGCCAUCGCCCUCCGCGCCGUCCUCCUCAUCUAUGGCGCGUGGCAAGACGCCCACUCAGCCGUUAAAUACACCGAUAUCGACUACAUGGUGUUCACUGAUGCCGCGCGGUACGUCGCGCACGGGGCGUCCACGUACGCGCGAGACACGUACCGCUACACGCCGUUACUCGCGUGGCUGUUGAUCCCGACGUCGUGGACAUCCGACGGCGGCAGCGGCGCAUUCUUUCUCUUUGGGAAGGUUCUGUUCGCGCUGUCAGAUGUCCUGGCUGGUUGGUUAAUUGUGAAAUCCCUGACCUCGGCCGCGUAUGGCAUGGAUGUGGUGAGAGCGCGCAAGUACGCGGCUGUGUGGUUGCUUAAUCCCAUGGUUGCGAAUAUCAGCACCAGGGGCAGCUCUGAGGGGCUGCUUUGUGUUAUGGUGAUUGCGUUGCUGUGGGCGGUCCUGAGGGGGAAGGUUACCCUGGCAGGGGUGUUGUUGGGGUUGAGUGUGCAUUUUAAGAUUUAUCCGUUUGUGUAUGGGGCGGCGGUGGUUUGGUGGUUGGAUGGGGAGAGAGAAUGGAGUCUGAAGACUAAGUCUGAGGCGAAGGCCUCUAUUGCACCUUCGAGAAAGAACCAGGAAGACGGAGACAUCCUCUCACAAAUCUCCUCCUUUCUCACCCCCUCCCGUCUCCAUUUGACUCUCACCGCGCUGGCCACUUUCUCGGCCCUCAAUCUCUCCAUGUAUAUCCUCUAUGGGUAUCCGUUCCUGCAUCAUACCUACCUGCACCAUGUGACGCGCAUUGACCAUCGACAUAAUUUCUCGCCGUACAGUACGCUGCUGUAUUUGUCUGCGUCUGCUAUGGGGGUAGCACCAGGAACAGAGGCAGAGGCAGAGGCAGUACACGGCUCCUUUGAAUCUCUCGCUUUCAUUCCUCAGUUGUUUCUCUCUGUUGUGGCUAUUCCGCUUGUUCUGGGGAAGAAGAGUUUGCCAGGGACGAUGCUCGCGCAAACGUUUGCCUUCGUGACGUUUAAUAAGGUUUGUACGAGUCAGUACUUCCUCUGGUACCUCGUCUUCCUCCCCUUCUACCUACCGGAGUCGUCUCUUCUCCAAAGACCCAAACUCGGUCUUGUAGCCGCUGCGUUGUGGGUUCUUGCUCAGGCCGCCUGGCUCCAACAAGGCUACCUCCUCGAAUUCCUCGGCGUGUCGAGCUUUGUCCCAGGUCUUUACCUCGCAGGACUAGGAUUCUUCGCAGUGAAUGUUUGGUUGUUGGGGAUUAUUGUUGGGGAUGUUGGUGCUGUUCCCUGA